AAUCUCAGGUGACAAUGACAACAAACAGAAUGACAUAACCUCAAAAUUGCUGUGUUUAGUCGUUUAGUGUGUUUCUUCAGAUUCAGAGAUAUAAAAAUACAUUUUCUGCUAUCCCCUACUUCAUUCGUAUUAUUUGUAUACUCUGUAUAACUCAGCAAUUAUGACGAGUACAACUUAUCUGAUAUGAUGGAAAUAAUCAAGAUUUUCCUAUUUUCUUCCCUUGCCAUUAGAUUAUUAUAGAAAAUGUCUACAGAAAAGGAGAGCCUGGUAUCAAAAUAUAUAUCUAUUUUCUUAGUUGUAAGCGGAUACUGGGUUGUAUCUAUCACGACUGUCUUUGUCAACAAAACUUUGCUGAGCCAUAUUGACUUGGAUGCCCCUAUGUUCAUAGCAUUAAGUCAAACGUUCAUCACUGCUGCAAUAUGUUACUGCAAGAAACAACUGAGCCAACUUUAUCCGUCAAAGUUUAAAUUUCCUGAGGUGGAUCUUUGGGAUACACACACUUUAAAAGCUGUAAGUUCAAGUUAUUUCAAUAUAACCAUGCAUCAAAAUAACAUUUAAAAGACAUGGCAAAAGGCAGUUGUGCAUGUUAUUGAGUAAAACAGCUAAGUGCAUUAUUCUUUUGGAAUGAGUCGAAACUGUGUUAGACACUUAAGAAGCCUAAACUUUUAUUGUAUUAAAUUUUUUGACAAAAACACCAUGCAAAAACUUGUAUUUUUUUAGAUUAUUCCCUUGUCAAUCCUCUUUACUUCAAUGAUAGCAACAAACAACCUAUGCUUAAAGUACACAUCUGUUGCUUAUUACUACAUAGGCAGGUCUUUAACAACAAUUUUUAAUGUGAUAUUCACAUUUUUAAUAUUGGGCGAAAAAACGUCUAAAAGCUGCAUGGUCUGUUGUGCAAUAAUUGUUUUUGGAUUCUGGUUGGGUGUGGAUCAGGAAUCUUUGGCAGGUAGCCUAUCAUUAGCAGGCUUUAUCUUUGGGAUCUUGGGUUCACUAUCACUAUCCUUAUACUCCAUAUUCACAAAGAAGGUGCUUCCCAAAGUGAAUGGUGAGAUAUGGGCUCUAUCUUAUGCUAACAAUACGUAUGCAACUCUUUUACUGAUACCCCUGAUGGUUCUGAAUGGUGAACUUGGUGAACUAUCCUCAUAUUCGGGCUUGUUUCAACCAUACUUUUGGGAGAUAAUACUUGUUGGUGGAAUGUGUGGAUUUGCUAUUGGAUUUUUCACCACGUUACAAAUAAAGUUCACAUCGGCAUUGACGCACAACAUAUCGGGCACGGCAAAGGCCUGCGCCCAAACAGUAUUGGCGAGCUACUGGUAUCAAGACAAAAAGUCUGUCCUUUGGUGGAUGUCCAAUUUUAUCGUACUAUUUGGUAGCGCGUGUUACACUAGGAUCAAACAAGUGGAUAUGGAGAAGAGGCAUAAAGAAAAUGAUGCAUAUGUCAGAGUGUAAUGUCUGCAUUUUUUAAAUUUACGCUUACUUACGGCAAGUAUUUUGUAUAUAUUUUAUUUAAAAAAAAAUAAAUGUGUUUAUUAGACAAU